UAGUCGGAGCCUCAGAACACUUCAGCUCAGUCUGAGUUUGGACUUGAAGCAGAGCAGCUGGAACAAUGUCUUGUCUCUUGUGGUUUGGGUCGCGGUUCCGCCGGAGCCGACGGCCCGACGUGAACCCUGACAACCCCGAGGAAGAGCAGGAGAACGUGAGGAACGGCGAAGCUGAGAGACCGAAGACACGAAGCAAACGGAUGAAAAACUGGAGGAUGAUUUUUAGGAAGAAGAAGAAGAGGGAGACGGAGGUGGAGGUGGAAGAAGAAGCAGGAGAGAGCAGUGCAGAGCAGGGGCCGUCCUGGGUCGAACACAGAGACGCCGCCGAACUGCUCCCGGCUCCAGCGGAGAACGAAGAAAAUCCUGCUGGUGGAGAGGAAGCCACCAACUCCGUGCCGGACGGAGCUGAGAAGGUCGUCGACCAGCGUCAGGCAGAUAAUGAGAUCCUGAAGGAGACGGACGAGACGGAGGACCAGGACGUCAAAGAGCUGGUGAACGUCCAGAAAGUGGAGAGCAAGCGCAUCACCGAGCUGACAGAGAACACGCUGAAUGACUUGGUGGCGUCUUGCAGCGAGCUUGAGGAUAAGAUUUUAAAGCUGAUGAAGAAAGCUGAAGCUGCUGAAGCCAGGGUGAUGGAGUGUAAUCGAGAAGAGGCUAAUGCCUUCGCUCAUGAAGAAUAUGGAGGAAUGCUGGUGAUGAGAGAGGAAGUCGGGGAUAUCAAUGACAUCAUGGUUAGAAGCGCCGGUGAUAGAGGACUGAGCUCGGGCGAGGGUUUAUGCAGAGCUGUCAGGCCCUUCUGGCAUGACAGUAGCCUGCUGUUCCCCAGACACGCCAGGAGAAGGGACGGGAUUUAGGAGGAGGAGAAGAGGAGCUCCGGAGACAGAUUUCAGAGUGGCUAAUCCACCUACUGACAUGUUUCUCCAGCUUUCGCUUUAAACCAACAGAAGCAGGGUCUGGUGGAGGAAGCUGGUGUAAAGGAGAGUCGGGGGCUAAGAAGAACAGACGAGCAGAAGAACUUCGGAGGUGAAGACGCUUCUGAAGAACAUCAGCCCAAACACUAAUAAAGCACUGCAGCUCA